CCAUCAUCAAGCCAUGUCUAGCAGUCUAGGUAGGUCCUCGACUCAGUCAUGUCCCUCCUCUUGUCUUAUACCGUCUUUUCUUUUUUUCUUCUGCUCUUUCUUCAACGCUUCUGCUAAUUUCAACUCUCGUUUCUACUCUGCCGAACUUGUCGUCGCCAUCUCCGCUUCGCCUACGGCUUUGAUCUCCGCUUCGUAGUUAUUGUACGCCUCAUUAGACUAUGCUCCCUGUCUUUGUGGCACCCAUGUUUCCCCCCCGUCCCUCCAAUUGCCUAGUUUGCUGCAAGCAGAACCACCUGAAGUUGCUUUUCUCCAUCUUACAAGACUGUUUUUGCUCUGUUUCUUGUCUUGUCCUGUCGCGGAAACGCUGCCAGACACCAAGAAGCUUGACAGGGGUUCUGAUGUGUCCACAACUUUGACAUUUCCUGCAAGCUUCCGUGUCUUGUCUUGUCUUGUCUCUGAUGCUCUGCUCUGCUCUCUGACCCUCUCUGUCUAGUCUAGUGUCUCUCUCCCGUUCUCAACCUCUCAACUGACUGUUCAUGUCAUUUUCAGAUCCUCUUUUUGACUCUGACCCGGCUCCUCCGACACUCCAUCCAUCUCCAUUUACAGUUACACCCCCAGCUGAGCCAGCUGAGCCCGUUCCAUAUCCAACCAGCGUUGGUACCCGCUAUAGGUAGUCUCUCGGUAUCCUACACAUAUGGCAUGGCCAAGGAAGGACACUGCCAUGGCUUGUUGGACAACUGAUGUCAAUCAACACAGGCAUCAUGGUCCAACUGACAAGCACAAACGAUGGAUGGGCAUGGCAUGCGAGAUGAGGCCCGCCGCGUAUCAAUAGCCCAGAUAAUUACAGCCAUACCCGCCGCAGCCCGGAUUUCUACGCUUUUGACUGUAGUUAGUUCUGCUGCAUCUUGCUUGCUUCUUUUCUUAUACAUACAUACACAACGUCUCCCAGGGUGGGUGGCCACCGGAAUCUUCAGCUUUUCUCUGUUACACUGUCCCCUGUCCUUUCUAUCCCCAUAUCUCUCAUUCAUAUUUACCUCGAAUCUCUCUCGCACCUCAAUUUCUUUUUUAUUAUCUUUUUCUCUCUUCUAUUUCGUGUCGACAGAAGCUCUGCUUUUUCUUGUGUCCGGUUCUCCAAAACCCUGCCUCAAGUGGACUUUGUUGUCGUCCUGAACACUUCACUUACACCGACUGGCUGACCACUCAGAGCAAGCUCACAUCCUCCUCUGUCACAAUGAAGAUGACAUGGGACCUAGGAAUGGACCAUGUCCGGUCCUGGGUCCUCAACGGUGACUACGAGCUGGACAAUUCUUUCGAUCGUCCGUUUGCUUGGAGUUCUACCGUUGUCACUGGCCUCUCUGAAGCUGCCAUUGUACCUCAGCCUGAAAAUAUCACUGAGUUGACCGCUGCUUCUACUGCGCCAGACUCCUUCUGGUCCUCUAAACCUUUCCCGACCUUGAACGAGGAGCAAUUCCUUGCCGUCGCCGACAAUGUGGAUGACCCCCUGAUUCCGAAGCAGCUCGACGUCCGCCGCAUCUUUCACGAUGGUCUCUGUACAUGGCAGCAACUCGUGAGCCAGGCACUGGCCUUACCAAGAGGCACCUUUCCUCCUGGCCUCGACCCGUCUAUCAUGCUCCAGGAUAUGCCACCUCUCCCCGAAUCCGUGCCGCCAAAGGGAGCCCUGGCCGGAGCCCCCACCUGGCAUGUCCCGGAUCCGGAACCUCAAAUUCAGGACGGGCCAGAUUUCGACCUCGACAACGUUACCGGCACCACCAAAUAUUUCCGCCUCAGCUAUCCAUCGCCCAUCAACUGCAUCAUAUCUUCAGACCCAAGUGCCUGCCACUAUGGCAAUCCAGCUGGCACUGCUGAUGCCUCUAAUGCCCCUCAAGGGCUCGCCAUCUUGACCGUGUGUUGGUCCUACAUACUCUCCACACGGCUACUGCAACUCCAGAACAGGAAGAUCCACUUCACCGACUCCUGUCUCCGCCCAGUCCCGAUUAACACGAUCGGGGAUCCCGCCCAGAAUGAGAUCCUAGUUCAUCUCCCUGAAGGUGCCUCCUCACGACUCGUGCAUUGGCUCUGUGCGAUUCUGGCGUCACAAUCAGGUUGGGCCGCUGAUGGUCAGGGGGGCCCAUGUGCACCAUGGGAUGCAAAGUUCACUGGUGACGUACGCUUCAUCAUUGCUACUGAAGGCCAAGUCUCGAUUGACAGAGAUGUGGUACCCCCAACUCCUGCCGAAGCCACGGACCUCUUGAUCGAGUUCUGUAACUUGUUUGGUAUUGCCCAUGAACCCCGAUCCAAAGAUCCAAGUAUCUUGUCACCGAUCAAGGCUGGGUUCCUUGCAGCCCUUGCAAUUCCAUUCUAUCGCACGGCCAAGCUGGAACCACACUUACCUAGGCCGUCUCUGAAACCACGAAAGAGUACCCCCAUGGAUGCUGAUCAGGCAGCCAACAUUCAUCGAUAUACAGCGGAAGCACGCUACUACAUGACACUGAGCAUGCAUCCUUACGCCCUGGGGCCAGUCCUCUGGAGCAUAUUUUGGCAACCAGAUAUCCAGUGCAACCUCGUUAGUCCCUGGUUGGCUGCCGUAACCAGCGUCAUUCAGCCCGCCUUCAAACGCUGCGAUUUCGAGAUGCUUAUCAAGAUCUUCCUGCUCCGCCGUCCUCGGGUAGCCAUGUGGUGGCACGGCCUCUUCCUUCUGGGCAACUCCAGGAUCUUGGAUCUCAUUCGCAACUAUCUGACUACGCUUGACGAGGGAUGUUCGUAUGACACCCUGUCCCGUCCAGAUAUUGUUACGGCGGUAUGGACAGGGGCACCACAAUCAUAUCAAGAUGACCCUACAGUCACUGCCUACCAUGACCUCAGCACGGCUGUUCCUCGUGCUGCCCUACUUCAGCAUCGUCAUACACUGACUCUUCGCGAUCCAUGGCCCCUCUUCUACGGUUGGCGCCCCUUCGGCAGUAUUCCCAAAGAAACUAUCGAGCCUGAUCUGUACCCUUGGCUUGAACGAGGCCACCAUCGAGAGUACCGCCAUUGGACUUGGUGGUCAAAGGACGAUGCAUCUUUUGAACCUUCAGUGCAUGUUGGCUAUCGCAAAGAGACUCGUCGCUUUGACUCAAGCGUCCCAGAUAACCUUGAUCUCAUUCCUUCUCACAACUCUCUUGCGCCAAUUCCACCCCCAACUGCUCUCCCCGUCGCUAUCGAGCCCUCCCGCCGUGCUACUUUGCAAAUGAUCAACCACUCCCUCGGAAACAUAAUUGGAGAGCGCAGCCUGAGCACAGCUGUAAUUCCGGACUUGAACCAAUCUCAUCCAUGGCUCAAGGACUGGACUCCUGUCUGAGUGUAUCUCAAUAUAUAGUACCCCAUUGUCCGAAUUUACGACCGUCAUGUUACCAUUCAUACGUUAUUUUAACUUUAACGGCCGCAGAAGAAAUUAGGCCUGAGCAUUGGGUUUUUUGGCCCACAGCAUUUUCGAGGAAGCGAGUCUUGGGUUAAUCAAAAGAGGCAUGAUGAACUUUGCUGCCUCAAUUCACUGUUAAUGUCCAUGAAUUGCGGUGCUUUCGUUCGGUUCUGUAUCUUACUUCACUUUUGCCUUGUUACCUUUACUUGAUGAUACGGGCGCCUUGGGGGGAAGGAAGGCUUCUUUUAAAGCACGGUGCCAAAAUCAACUGAUCUAAGAAUCUUCUUAAAUAUACUAAACGUGGCUAAGUCUUUCAUCCCUUAGGAUAGAAGUCUACAUCACUAGGUUCUCUCUGCCGGAAUAAGCUCACAGCCACAAGUCUCAACUGCAAACAACACUUCUAGCCCACAACUUAGAAAAGUGUACAUCACAACCAACAUUUCACCGUUGAGCAGUGGCAAAGGUAAACGAGAGAAUGGUUGAAUUAUUGAUAGUAUGCUACAUCCUCUUUCCUCGCAAUCGUCAUGGCUGUUCGAGCAUCAUUUCAACCUUCAAGCCCUCGGGUUUGGUGUUUUGAUAGUGUCACGGCAACUGCGACAUCAAACUAUCAUCAUGGGGAUGGAAAACAUAAUAAAUAGUAUGAAUACGUUUCUCAAUUUGUCGUUUAAUGCAGCCUGUACACCUCGAGAGUAUUGACUGGAG